AUGGCCAGCACAACGGCACAACAAGAUGCCAGCGACUAUUGGCCAAUACAUAUUGCACGUAGCGAUGGCCAAGCAUACCCAAAUCUCGACCACAGCUCCCUAAACCCUAGUGAGGACCAAGAUGUAACACAACUCGAGCGGUGGGAGGUCAUCGUCGCCGGUCAUCUUCAGAACCAGAUUGCACCCAAGGACGAUAAGAAACAAUAUGUGCUCGCGGGAUUCCCCAAGGGCUACGAGCUACGAUGUGCAGUGAGGAAGGACGGCGGCAGGGACUACUACCUGUACGGGCACCCGGCAGGUCCGAAGGCCAACUAUCGCACUCCUGGCGAGUUUGCUUUGCAUGCCCUGUGGCUGGUCAGCGACUCGGCCGACAACAGCCAGUGUCCCUGCGACCUAUGUCCGAAAUACCUUGAGAAGGCCAAACCGGAGAGGGAAAGGAGCCAAGCACCCGUCAUUCCGCCUUUGGCCCCAGCCGCGGCCGCCGCUCCUGGGCCAGCAAUGGCAGCACAACUCUCCGCUGCUGCGCAAAAGCCGCCGCAGCCCCAUCCCCAACAGCAGCAGCAGGGGCAGCAGCAACCACAACCGCAGCCGCAGGUCCCGCCUCCGCCUCCGGGGACUACCAGCUGGACCAACGUUUUCCGCGUGGGCGAGCUAGUUUGGUACAAACAUACAGCCUGGCGGCUAGGUGUAGUCAUCGCCAUCACCCCCAAGCCCGGGAUACCUAUCCGCCCAGGCACAUCCGACUCCAGCUACCACUUUACCCUAGCCCCCCUCGGUCACACACUACUCGAGCAAGCAAGUCUGAUAAAAGACUGCCAAUCCAUGCGACCCUUCCUCACCUUUAGCGUGCCCAAUGCGGGCAUGGAGGAGCUCAAGGACAAGGCGUUCGAUACGGUCAACUGGCAAGCCAUGACGGGCCGCCUCUCCCAAGAGCCCGACCCCACGAAGCGGGAGAUCAAUCGGCAGGUCCUCGGCCUCGAAGCCUCCAAGAUGGGAGCGCGCGCUAUCAACGACGCCUUCUCCACCUUCGACCUGCUCGCCCAAGGCACCACGCCCGACCGCACCCUCCACGUGCAGCACUACGGCGGCAUCUACCUCGGCGCCGAGAUGAUCCGCAUCGGAGACCCCGUCCGCGUUAUCAACACCCCAUCCGCCACAACGCCCGCCGCCGGCCCCGCGCAGCCAGACCUCCCACCGGACGCAAACCUCGUCAUGCUCAUCACCGAAAUCCAAGUCCUCACCCCGACCUCCCCGCCCGGCGCGCGCGCCACCCUCCAAUUCAAAGGCAACCUCUACCGCACGAUCCAACUCUCCCCAGCCCACCCCGCACCACCGGGCACCGUGCCCCCCGCAGCCGAAGCCUCACUCGGCGCGGCCUUCGCGGAGGAGCUCGCGACGCGCAACGCGAUCGGCAAGGACAAGGACAACAAGGGCGGCGGCGGGGGCGGGGGCGCGCGGUGGAGCUGGGUGCAGGUGGCGGCGCAGGUGCUGCGCGGCGAGCAAGACGUGCAGGGCCGCUUCUACGUGACGGAGAAGCUCAUGAGCGUCAUCGACCCGGCCCGCCUGCAGGCCUGGGUCCAGCGCGGCAUGCUCGAGGAGGCCCCCGCCUACCUGAACAACCGCGGGCACAGCGGGGGCGGGCAGUACGUCGGCCGGCGGCCGGGCCGCAAGGCCACGCUGGGCCAGGCGGUGGGCGUGGAGUUUCGCGUGCCGGGGGGGUUGGUUGAGAAUUAG